UACGCGAGGACUGCGCGCCAGUUAAAUCACCCUCGCCGCCUCUCUGGUCCUCUCUCACUCUCUUUCUCUAUAAUAUGGGUGUAGUGUGACAUUCUUGGGGUACUAGCACGUGUGCGUGUCCCAUCACAAAAACAGGGGGGGCCCUUUUUUUUGAAACUUUAAAACAAAAAUUGAAGAAAAAAAUAAAUUAAAAAAAAAUUUUUUUUCGAAACAAAAAUAAGUGUUAGUUUGAAAAAAAAAUCGAAGGAUAAGUGCAGGUCAUUGAGGCCCUUCGCAGUAGUUUUAUGAUAAUAUUUAAUCCACUUAUACAUAUAUACAUAUAGGGGGUUGAAUAUAGAGCGCAUCAGGCGUGGCACCCGGACCUCGUGGUGGUCGUCACCGAGUCGAUGUCUUUCUCUCUCUCUCUCUCGAUGCAUCCAGUGUCGUUAUAUAGUUGCAAAUAAUCCAGUUACGCUCCAGUGCCACAAACCUAUCACAACCACAUUCCCUCAGUUCCGAGUUUUCAAUCUCCGAGUGUAGUGCUUCCAUACGGAAUUCUAAACAAAAAAAUAAAUAAAUAUUUCGCGAGUGAAAAAAUCCAAAAAAAAUUCGCGAGUGACAAAAAAAAAAAAUAACGCGGGUGACAAAAUUAAAAAAAAAAUAGUGAUUAUUUAGAAAAUGACCGAACAAGAAGGGGUCCUUGGGCCCGAGGGAUUCCGCCAAUCAGAGCGGAUUCUCGGACCCACGGGAAACCCUUGAGUAUUAAAAAAAAGAACGAGGGAAAACAGAAAAGGCAUGUAUAUAUAUAUGCAAAAAAUAUAUAGUGCAACCUAAUGUCCUCUCAGUUCACGAACUUGGAAUGUUCGUUUCGCAAUUUGAGUCUCCCGCGAGGAAGGAAGGACAUUCGAGAAUAAUUCUGAAAUGUAAAAGUGCGAAAGGGUUUUUAUGAAUGUCUUCUUCUAUAUACAUAUACCCUCAGGGGAAAUCAUUAACGGUCUUUCUUAAGAAAUAACCGUGUGCGCGAGCCAGCCAGAAGGUGCACGCUUCAAGAAGAUAAGGAAAUUAUUGUCCUCAAAAGAACAAGGAAGAAGAAGUAGACGAAGAAGAGGAGGAAAUUAAGAUUGGGAUAUAUAAGAAGUUGAUAUUCCUUGAGACGUUGCCAGUACCGAGGAUUUAGUCAUUUAAGCAAAUAUAGAGAGAGAGAGAUCAAGAAAAAAAUAAACCCUAUAAUAAGGUCACUGAAGAAAGAGGAAAGGGAAAAUUAAGAAAAGAAAGGGGAAAAUAAAUGAAGAAUUUGAAAGAAAUCUUAGAAAAAAGAAGAAAUUAAACUAAUUUUCUUUUGGGACAAAAAAGAAGAAAUAAAAAGAAAUUUUUUUAGAGACAAAAAGAAAAAAAGUAAAGAAGAAAUAGUGUAGUUGCUGCAGAAAAAAAGAAGAAAAAGAAAUGGAACAGUGAAGAAAGAAGAAAGUCUUUGGGAAAUAACGAAGAAGAAAGAUAGUUUCUCGAAGAUAAUACGGAAAAUAGGAAAGAAGAAAAAGAAGCAAAAUAAGAAUAUUUUUGAAUGAAAAAACUGUGAACAAUGAAGAAAGAUAAAAAAUAAAAACUACAAACGAUAAAAAACUACAAACACUUGAAAGAACUAAAAAAAAAGACAAAGAAGAAAAAACAAUAAAAAAACGACAAACACGAAAAAGAAUAAAAAGAAACGAUAAAAAACAAAAAAAAACAACGAAUAAACAGAAAAGAAAAUCACUGACCAGAAAAAUAACGAGCGAAAAAAAUUUGAAGUGAAAGAAACAGCGAAAAGAACGUACAUCAUCUUGAAAAUAACUUCAAAGAAAGUAAUAAGUGAACCCAAAGUACUUUGUAUUCAAAGUAUUCUUUGAGAAACAAAUAUAUGUAUAUUUAUAUUAAUUGAAUUAUUUCUUUUCGAAAAUUACUUAAAAAAACAAUAAAUCAAUUUCAGUUAUUAUAAAAUAUUAUCAUAAUUAUUAACAUAUUUGUUAUAUAAUUAUUUCAAAUUAAAUAACAAAAAAAAAAAAUUGAAUUAAUUUGCGAAAAAAAAUUUCUCUCAGAGUAUUCUUUGAAUAUACAAGUAUAUUCUUUACUUCGAACGGAAUAUCUGGAAAGUAAUUAGAAGAAAAAAGAAGAAGAAGAAGAAAAAGAAGUUAAUUAAAAAUAAUAGAAGUCAAUCGGAAAAAAGAAGAUAAAGAAGAAAAGGCAGAAGUGAAAAAGGUAAAAGAAGUAAAGCGUAAAAAUAAGAAGUAAAUAAAGAAGAAAGAAAGAAAAAUAUUAACAGAAGCUAUUAGAAGUCAAUCAGAGGCUAAAAGAAGAAGAAGAAAACAGUCGAAGGUUAACAGAAGAUAAAGAAGAUGUUAGAAGAAAGCAAAACAAAAAGAAAUAAAGAAAAAGGCUAACAGAAGCUAAAAAAGUAAUAAGAAGAAACGAAGAAAAAAGCUGACAGAAGCUAAAAACAUUUAUCAAAAGAAGAAAAAGCAUUAAAGAAAGAAGCUAAGAGAACUGAAGAUAAGUUUAUCAGAAAAAGAAGAAAUAGCAGGAAAUAAAUCUGACAGAAGCUAAAAAAUUAUGCAUUGCUAGUAAAAAGAAGAAAAAGCAGCAAAGAAAAAUUCUGACCGAAUUUCAGAAGCUAAAAAAAGAAUAAGAAAAUCUAAUCAAUAAAAAAAAGAAGAAAAGAAGACUAAAUAAAUAAAAUAGAGGAAACAAACAAGAAAGAAGAUAUAAAGUUCCCCAAAGGAAAAGUCAAAAAUCAACUUGAAAGGUAAACGCGAACACAAAAAGUUAUAGACUCCCGACAAAGAUAAUUGACAAAGCCUUCAAGAAGAAUCUCCGUUUAAAAAGGGAAUUUUCCAAGAGUCCUUUAGAAGGUGAGGAAGUCAAGAAAAGCGGAACAAAGGAAGUCAAUUCACCAGGCGAGAAUCUCUAUCUCACACUCUUUUUCUCACCAUUCUGAAAAAUAGUUGUCAAAUCCUCGAAAAGGACAAAUAUAAAGAACUCAAUCAAGAAGUCAGCAGGAAAUCCAAAAAGAGGGAGGUGUAUGGACAAACCAAUAAAUAUAUAUAAAAAAAAGAACCAAGGUAUAUAAAACAUAAGCGAUAACAAGAGAGCUGAAGCAAUAACGGAAUGUGGGGUAUAACCUCGUGACCUAUAAAAGGGAGUCGUUAAUUUUCUCUUGAGGGUGCAUCGCAAAAAAGGGAUUCCCUUUUUUUUCUCUCUCCUCUCUUAUUGGAUUAGUGAAGCGUGUUUCUCAAAUUUCAAUAUAGUGGUAUUAAAAGAAUUUUACAAGAGUGCUGCUAUUUUUUUUUCUUUUUCUUUCUCAAAAAACAAAAAUUCUUCUCCAAAAGAACCCCAGUGAAAUUUUGUGAAGAAGUGUUUUUUUUUGACCGUGGGGAUAGCGAAAAAAAAUAAAUUUAAAGGGAUGAUGAUGAGGAUGCAAAUUGGAAGUGAAAAUUGGUGCACGAGGCAACAUAAAAUUAUUGUUGUCGUUGGCAAGAUAAAGAAAUGAAGUUGUCCGUGUCGGCUUAUAGAGCACAGGCUAGCGCUCAACGGAAGAUCUUGUCCACCUAUCAGCAUCAGCUGAGUUACGGUGCGACUAGUCACGCUAAUUCUGCCCGGACCCCCUCAGAUCCCGCUGCGGUCCUUUCUAAUCUCAAGGUGGAUCGGGCGGAAAACGAGGAGGCCCAGGGGGGAGGUCUGGCGCCAUCUUCCGCUUACUGCAGCGGUCCAUCGAGUUCGAGAAUGGGCCCAGGGCCCGAUUCUGGAAGCAGUGGUCCGUCUUCGGCCCCGCAUUCGUUGGCCACGUCGCGCGACGAGGAAGACGACGAGGACGAGGAAAGUAGUGCAAAACAUACAAAUAGUCACAGUGACAGAUCUCGGACGGGGCCGAAUGGAAUCGCCCCAAAAUUCGAAAAAUCAAAGAGGAAGAUACUUGGAAUUUCCUCUUGGCGCCUCCAAGUGAAAUAUAGGUUUGCAGGAAUGCAUCGAAGAUCAUCACUGCAGAAGUCCUUCAGCAAUGGACUAGGAGCUACCUCAACGACAUCCAAUUCGUUGGACAGCAUUUGCGGUGACUCCAACAUUCCGGAAGCGGCUCGAAGACCCCGGAGUACCCGGGGUUCUCAAAAAUGGAGUAAUGUUCGCGCAGUCAUGGCGCUCUAUUCCUCCCUUCGCAAGAUUAAGAGAACAAAGAGCAAUCAACGUUGGAUGAAAUUAAGGACAACUGUUCAACUCUCCUCGGCUAUUCAAACCAUCCAAAAGAAGCCACCAUUAAAACGUGAAGAUUCAUUUUUAAAACGAUUUUCCACAAGACAAAUUCCCGAGAGUCAGGAGACGUUGGACACAGCGGAAGGUGAGGGCGAUCCAUCGGACGAAAAAAAUCCAAAUACAAGACGCCGACGACCACGAAGACCACAAAAACCACCAAAAACAGUUGUUAAUCCUGAUGAGAAUUUCUACUACUACUGGCUAAUGCUCCUCUCAGUUUGUGUUCUCUACAAUCUUUGGACACUGAUUGUGAGACAAAGUCUCCCAGAAUUACAAGGCCUAGCACCAGCCGUUUGGUUAGCAUGCGAUGGAUUUACAGAUCUUGUCUUCUUUCUAGACGUCGGUGUUCAAUUUCGCACUGGAUAUCUCGAACAAGGUCUAAUGGUUUAUAAUAAUAAAAAACUUGCCGGACAUUAUGUGAAAUCAAAAUCAUUUGUGCUCGAUCUACUUGCACUAUUGCCAUUGGAUUUACUGCAGGUCAAUCUUGGCAGUAAUCCUCUACUCAGGUUUCCCCGUUUUCUCAAGAUCUAUCGAGUCUACAAUUACUAUUACAUGGUGGAAUCGCGAACCGUCUAUCCAAAUCUCUGGCGUGUUCUCAAUCUCAUUCAUAUUCUUCUAAUUCUCGCUCACUGGUUUGGCUGCUUCUAUUAUCUUCUCAGCGAAGCCGAGGGAUUUCAAGGCGAUUGGGUCUAUCCCUACCGACCUGGAGAAUAUGCAACACUCACCAGAAAAUAUCUUGGAUCAUUGUAUUGGUCAACACUCACCCUUACCACCAUCGGAGAUCUACCAACACCGGAAACCAACGCCGAAGUCAUAGUGGGCGGCAAUCCCCGGAGCCUCGCUCGUCGUGGCCGACUGUCCCGGCUUCUGCAGUUCAAGAAUAACGGAGGAUAUGUCUUCACCAUCAUCAGUUACCUGAUUGGCGUUUUUAUAUUUGCCACAAUUGUCGGUCAAGUGGGAAAUGUAAUUACAAAUCGAAAUGCAAAUCGUCUUGAAUUUGAAAGACUAUUGGAUGGCGCGAAAACAUAUAUGCGACAUCAUAAAGUCCCAGGUGGAAUGAAGAGACGUGUACUAAGAUGGUAUGACUACAGUUGGUCGAGGGGACGUAUACAGGGUGGGGGCGACAUCAACACUGCACUUGGUCUACUGCCAGAUAAACUUAAAACGGAAUUGGCUCUACAUGUCAACCUCUCGGUACUCAAGAAGGUCACCAUUUUUCAGGAAUGUCAACCAGAAUUUUUGCAUGACCUAGUUUUAAAGAUGAAAGCCUAUAUUUUCACCCCGGGCGACUCGAUAUGUCGUAAAGGAGAAGUUGCACGUGAAAUGUUUAUAAUAGCCGAUGGAAUAUUGGAGGUCAUCAGUGAAACUGGCCGUGUACUCACGACAAUGAAAGCUGGCGAUUUCUUUGGCGAAAUUGGUAUACUCAAUCUCGAUGGACUGAACAAACGAACAGCUGACGUGCGAUCAGUCGGCUACUCCGAAUUAUUCAGCCUAUCCCGAGAGGAUGUCCUGGCAGCAAUGAAAGAUUAUCCCGAAGCUCAAGAAAUUCUACAAAAUUUAGGUCGAAAACGUCUAUUGGAAGCUCAAAGAGUUGCCCGAGCAUUUCGACAACCAGCAUCACCGGGACACGAUUCAUCUGACAAUAGUACCGGCAAAAGAAUAGUCGAUAAGCUCAAAGUUGACGUGAAAGGUUUAAAAAAUGUUUUACGAAAAAGUCGACGUAACACAAGACCCGAUGAGAGCCUUGAACUUCAACCAUUAACCAGUAGAAUGGCACCACUAAGACGACAACAUAGAAUCGAUGACAGUCAGGAGAUAACAAUUAUUUCUGAACCACCAAUAUCACCACUUGGUGCUGGUCUCCCACUUCUCUCGCGGCUCAGACUCCUCAAGGAAAAACAGGAUCGGGAAGAGAAAAGGGUCCUCAUGGAGAUGCCAAAUCAAAUUGUCGAACAAUCAUCACAUCAAAGUUCAUUAGAUCCACAAAAUCAAAAUUUACCGCUUCUCCAGAGAAUCCUCAUGCUCAAAUCGAAAAGUGACAACGAAACUCUUGGCGUUGAACGAGAGAUUGUUGUUAAGGAGCCGCUCCUGACAAAACCAAUCCUCGAGGAAACCGAGCUUGAGCAGAAACAAUCGUCGGGUUCAGAUUUGUCCGAGGUUGCCAAUGAUGCUGCCACCUCAGCUGAUUAUGGCGACAGCGGAGGCAGUGGCGUCUCAAAAAAGCCAUGGCAUCUGCUGAAGGACGCCUCCUUGACAACCAAGGACAUGUCACCACCCCAUAAAAGUCCACCCACGAGGCGAAUACAACUAAAACAAAGUCUCACUCACAUACGACAACAAACAAAAAUGUACGCCUCGGUUGAUGAUCUCUCACCUGAAUAUUGUGGUUUACCAUUUGUCAAAAAGCUCAAGAUUCUCAACGAGAGACAAAAAUUAGCCGAACUUGAAAAAGCCGUAAGAAGUUCAAGUUUAGAUUGUGGAGAAUUGGCAGAAAUUGGUUUCGAUGGAAACCUAACGAGAAGUCAUUCUGAGGCGUGUGCAAUAGAAUAUGCAAGAAAAUUGGCAAAAUUAAAUAAAUAUCGUCGAUCUAUAUCGUCACCAGAUCAAUUAUCACCAGAGAAUGAGACAUUAGAGCGAAGAAAUUUAAAAAGUAUUCUUAAAAAAUUAUCAGCUGAAAGUAGAACCGGUAGUUCGGAGGCGUCGGCAACAAGUACACCUGACAGAGAAAAGGCUACGGCAGAAUUUCGAAGACUAAUGCGUGCCCCAACGAUAGAGGGUUACGCUGCAAGACACUCGAAACUCUCAAAAAGCGUGACCUUUAAUAAAUAUACACUUCAAAGUCCACCGUCCGAGGAAUCGGCCAGCAACUCACCGUUAACGAGUCAAGGUCAUUCUCAUUCCCAGGACCAAAUCUCACUGCCACCGCCCAAUAAAAUUCGCUUCCGUCCUCUUGGCAGUGGGGGACUACAAAUGGUUUCUAGGCAAAAGGAAGAUGACUUCUUGGGAGAACUCAUCACCGGAAUCAAAGAUGUCGUUCAAUCAAGAGUGGAUGAAAUUCAACUCAGGUACGAGAAAGAAUACACAUCAUUGGAGUUGGAGAUUAGAAAGCGUGAUGAAAUAAUCUCCCAACUUCAAAUGCGAAUCCUUCAACUCGAGCAGCGAAAGUCUCGUAGUUGUGAUGAUUCGGACGACAGUACGGAGGCUGAAGUCUCAAUGGAGGAGGAUAUGGUCGACGAUCGUGAGGAUCAUCCAUUUAUGCGUGAUGGUUCAGUGGAUACUGUUCUCACAGCGCAACCACGUCUAAGACAUUCCUCACCAUCAACGGAUUCGUCGAUUAAUCGACGUUCAUGGGAAGAGCACUCCGAGGAAGAGACACUUGAAUUACAGGAUCUUCCACGAUCAAUUACACCCCAAAGUAUUUGGAAGGAGGACGUAGCGAUAGAUGUAGAUAGUGAUUUAAGCAGAUCCGAUGACGAUGAUCGCGGUGGUGUUAGUGGUGUGGCAAGGGGUGAAAGCGACACUGACGAUGAUGAGAGUGCACAUAAUAAUUGGGAAGUGACAAUGUUGGCUCAACAACUUGAGGCAAGACGAAAAAGUAGCGGUAGCUCAAGAUCGGGUUCCUAGCGUAUUAAUGAGUUUCUUGAAAUUCUGUACUAUUGUAAAAACACCGAGAACUCGAGGGUAUGGCUAAAUCCAUUGGAGAGAGACAGUAAUGCACCUUUUUGUGAAGACGAUUGUCCUUAUUUGGGAUUUAAUGAUCACAAAAUUUGUAAUGAGACAAUGAUGUAGUUUUUUACUUCUUGCUCCAUUUAGAGAAUUUUUUCCUCAUUCGUAUUUUUUUCUAGGUUAUGUUCAAUUUUUCUAGUCCAGAAGAAAUAAUCUCAUUGGUAGGAUUGAGUUUAUCAACAGAACCUCAAAUUUUUCAAAUCUUAACUAUUUGACAGACGGACAGGACACACAAAGAUUUGAAAACUGUCACUCUCUUUCUUGUUGGGGGGAAAAAAAUCAGUGCACAAAGUUUCGUAUAGGAAAAAGGAUUUAAAAAAUACUGAGUCAGUUCGUCGCGUCAUGUAUACAUAUUCGGAAGCUGCUAUAUAUAAUAAAUUUUUACGAACUCUCUCUUUCUCUCUAUCUCUCUUUCCUAUAAUAUUAUAAUCAUUGUAGAUAGGAAAAAUUGCUUCUGAAAUUAUUAUUUCUUUUUUUCGACAAAAAAAUAUAGAAAACAAAAAACAAGAUGUGUAAAAAAAUCGAAAUCCCCCUUUACCGUCUAUAUAAAUAGUGUAUGUGUGUUAUAAUCAAAGCUAUUUUCUAUGACACGUUUUUCUGUUAUAGAUUCCAUAUUUUUCUACAUCUCUCGGAUUUACUUUUGUACAUUCCAGCGUAGAAUCGUAAUAGGUUAUUAAAACAAUAAUAUAUGACGGACUCGACCGACGAAUCACUCUCACAACUUGAUUUUUGAAUUGUAAAUAUUCACAGGUGCCUGAGAGAAUGUAAUACUUGGGAUAUUUAGAAUUUAAAUGGUGAACCAAAAAGAGUCGAAAGGAAAAAACGAAGGCUUUUAUUCUUUUUUCGAUAAUAAUUUCCAAGACAGAAUUUAAUAAAAAGAAGCCUUCGGUUUUUUUAACUAAAAAAAAAAAAAAUAGUGUCAGUGCAAAUCUGGGCAAGAAAAAACUUUCAUAAAACUCUACGAUUCUAAUAUAUACAUAUAAAUUUAUUAGAGUUGUGAGAAUUUUUGAGCGAUUGAGAAAAAAAAACAUCCAAGCUUUUCUAUUUUGAAUCCUCUCUUCCUCUGAUUAGUCCCAAAUUUUAUCAUCGAAAUUCGAUUUUCAAAAUAUUUUUUUCCUUCUUUUUUUCGAAAAUUGCUAGCAGCAUUGAAAAAGGUGAAAAUCAAUUUUUGAAAGUGAAACGGAAGCUGCACUGCAAAGGACUAUUAUAUAAAUAUGACUAAUUAGCAAAAAAAAAAGUCAUUUUAAUGGAAUAAUUUUCAAGUAAAAAAGAAAGAAAAUAUAUUACUUAUACUGACCAGACCAAGCUCAAUAUUUCUAGAGUCUUUACAAAUUACAUCUACUUAAGCGAACGAAUGACUUAUUAAUAUGUAAAUAAGAUUAAAUUACUGAGAAAAAAAAAGAAACGGUGUAAAUAUUAGACUACGAUUUAUUUAUUUAUGAAUGAAGAUGAAAUGGAAUUUAUUUAAUGGAAAAAAUGAUGUGCGCGAGCGAUUGUAUAGUGACGAGAGUGGGUGGUUUGAAAGAUUUAUUAAAAAAAAGAAAAAAAACUUGUUGGACUUCUUUAGAAAAGGGGUGCUUGUAAUAAAGAGUGAAUUAUAAAUAAAGCGAACGUUGUUUUCAAAAAAAAAAAAAAUUUU